CUAAUUUUAUUUCUGCUCGAAAGCCACAAUAUCACAUGAAAUCGGAGAAAUCGCACGUUUAAUGGCAUUCGAGGACAUUCGUCGCCGUGUUGAAAUUACCUCGGUGAAAUUGGAAAAGUGUUAAUAAAUAUGACCGUUCGAACGGACCUAUCAGCGUUUCGCAAGCAAGACCCGUGAUUCCUUGCGCGUUGGAGUUCAGAUCAAGGUUUUCUGAUCGGUCGUCGUAGUUUGAGGAGGUGAAAAAAAAGUGUGGCGGUGCUUUCGUUCGAUAUUCUUUAUGAAAUCUUACAUUUAACGGUUGGCUCCUGAAUUCCUUUCGCAGCCAUGUCAGCCGCAACUACACACAAAUACCGUUACAAAAAUGUGGGCUUAGACUCACAAGAACUAAGACGGCGUAGAGAAGAGGAAGGUGUUCAGUUAAGAAAACAAAAAAGAGAACAACAAUUAUCAAAAAGACGUAAUGUUCCUAACAUAGUUACUGCUGAUGAUGACAAUGUUACAGUAAAUGAAUCUGUUUUUCCUGUACCACAAUCAAAAACCUCUAUUGCUGUACUCGAAAUGGUGCAAGAAUUGUACAGUCCUGAGCCUGAAAAUCAAUUGGCAGCUACACAGAAGUUUAGAAAAAUGUUGUCCAGAGAACCAAACCCACCGAUAGAUGAAGUUGUAAAAACUGGAAUUGUACCUAAAUUCGUUGAAUUUUUGCAGAAUAAUGAAAAUUGUACAUUGCAGUUUGAAGCUGCUUGGGCUUUAACGAAUAUAGCAAGUGGAACAUCCCAACAAACGUGUGUAGUAGUGGAUGCAGGAGCUGUACCAAUCUUCAUAUCAUUACUCAGUUCUGAAUAUGAAGAUGUUCAAGAACAAGCAGUGUGGGCAUUGGGCAAUAUUGCGGGAGACAGUGCUGAAUGUAGAGAUCAUGUAUUAGACAAUGGAAUCCUUACUUCUCUUCUGCAAUUACUUUCUAAAGCGACGCGUCUGUCAAUGACACGUAAUGCGGUAUGGGCAUUAUCAAAUCUUUGUCGAGGCAAAACUCCACCACCAGAAUUCUCGAAAGUUGCACCGUGUUUGCCAGUUUUAGCUCAUUUUCUUAAUCAUACGGAUAGUGAUGUUCUUGCAGAUACUUGUUGGGCUCUCUCCUACUUAAGUGAUGGACCAAAUGAAAAAAUUCAAGCAGUUAUCGAUGCAGGUGUAUGUAGACGAUUGGUAGAGUUACUCAUGCAUCAACAAGAGAAUGUGGUCAGUGCUGCACUUCGAGCAGUGGGUAAUAUAGUUACUGGCGACGAUGUACAAACACAAAUUGUUCUUAAUUGUUCUGCAUUGCAAUGUUUGUGUCAUCUGUUGAAUUCGUCGCAAGAAAGUAUUCGCAAAGAAGCUUGUUGGACAAUCUCUAAUAUUACGGCAGGAAAUCCUCGGCAAAUUCAAGCUGUCAUCGAUGCCGGUAUAUUCCCGAUCCUGAUUGAUAUUUUAGCGAAAGCUGAAUUUAAAAUUCGAAAAGAAGCGGCAUGGGCAAUUACUAAUGCUACAAGCGGUGGUGCACCUGAACAAAUACGUUAUGUUGUUGUUGAAGGAUGCAUUCCACCGUUAUGUAAUUUGUUAACAGUAAUGGAUCCCAAGAUCGUUCAAGUUGCAUUAAGUGGUUUGGAAAAUAUCUUGCGUAUAGGAGAACAAGAUGCUGCCACGAAUAAUGGUAUUAAUCGCUAUGCGGUACUAAUCGAAGAAUGUUUCGGCCUAAACAAAAUAGAAUUUUUGCAAUCUCACCAAAAUGUAGACAUCUAUCAGAAGGCCUUCGAUAUAAUCGAACGAUAUUUCGGAUCUGAAGAAGAAGAUACUCGAGUUGUACCCACAAUUGAUGCACAGGGACAACAGUUCCAAUUUAGAGCGUCCGAUUCAUCUCAACUACCAGUCGAAGGCUUUGAGUUUUAAUCGACUAGUUUCAAUGGAACCUGUGAUUGUAUCACCUGAUUCAAUCUUGUUUCGUUAUGUUUACGAUCAUUUUUUCUGAAAAGGACAUUUUUAAAAUGAAGCAAAAAUCAGUCAGACGCAGAACAGUGGUAUAUUUAUACUUUGAAUUUGUUUGUAUCGAUCAGAAUAUCAGUAAAA